AUGGUUGAAAUCAAAAAUAUGAAAAAAAUCGAGCCAAGGCGUCCUAUACAUAAAGUACAGAAAAUUUCUUGGAGAACUUAUAUAGAAGCAUUGAGAGAAACUUUUCAUGAAUACACACAAUGGACUCAAGUUGUUGCUAUAUCCGGACUUUGUCCCAGUAGAUCUCCUCUUGAAAGGACAAUCAAUCUUAUUGGAUUGAUAAUCUUAUUCUUAUUCAGUUUAUAUUUAUCAUUUCGACUUUGGAUGCAUUUCUUUUCGUCACCAACUAUAACAUCAGUUGGUUUUAGUAUUCCAGUUAAAGAAGUUUCAUUUCCAGCUGUAACAAUUUCUUUUACAUUUCGAAAAUGGCAAGGUUCAGAAAUUGAUAUAAGCUAUAAAAUAGUUGAUGAAAUUUUAGCAUUGAAUAAUAUGAAUAUUGCACAAGUUGCAAAAUUGAUUGGAGCGAGUUGUGAAGAUUUUUUAGAGAAAUGUUUGUGGGGAAGUAAACAAUUUGAUUGUUAUAAUAAUAGUGAAGGUGUGACAUUUUCAUCAGUAAUGACAACUAGUGGAAUUUGUUGUGCAUUCAAUUAUAAACCAAAUAAUAAUUCAUUUGUACCAUUAAAAGCAAGAACUUAUGGUAUGAGAGGUGGCUUAACUAUUAUUGGUAAAUCUUCAUCUACCGGACUUUAUGUAUUUGUUCACCAUCCACUUGAUUAUCCAACAGAUGUUAAUUCAAGAGUAACAUUGAGAACAAAAUCAGAAAAUUUUGUUGAGGUUAGAUCAAUGCUCGAUUUCGAAAUGCCAGAUGCCAGCAUUGUUUACCACGAUGUGAUGACCUCAGAAAAUCUAACAGACAGAAAUUUCAUUGCAAAAAUUUAUUUGAAAAAACAAACUGCUUUAUUAAAUAAAAAAAUCACCGUCAUGUCUUGGUUAAGUUUUAUGGCUGAUAUUGGAGGCGUCUAUGGGCUUUGUCUUGGUUUCAAUGUGAUUUCACUUCUUGAAGCUAUAUAUAUGCUUACGAUCCAUAUAGGUACUUUACUAGUAUAA